AUGGCCACCACAGUGCGAAGAGAGCGUGUUCAUGAGUGGGUCCAUGCAACGAGCCCUCAGAACUUCAGAACAAUCCGAUCUGAUGGCCACUUGAAGGGCAACCACUGCCAGGAUGAAUACUUUGAUGGUGACCUUUGUCUUCCUGGUGCGCCGAUGGGAACCUGGUUCAAUGCCAACAACUACCGUGGCAGGACCAUUACCAAGACACCUUAUCCGGAACCCUUCGAUGGUGCGAUGGUGACGGCUUUGGCCAUCUCGGUUCCGCAGCUGUUGAAUCUAGAAGAGGUAUACCACUUAUUCAAGGUUACCGAAAGACCUCGAGAGUACUUGCAGGUGAAGUAUGCCAUUGUGAAGGAGAGUGAUGCAUGCUUCGAUUGGUUUGCGAACCACUUGGAUCCUGUCUACGACAACACGGACGAGUUUGUGCGCCUCUACUUGGAAGACGGGAACUACCAAUGGUGUGCCAGAGAUGCAGUCCACAAGGUGAUGGUGAGCGUUUUUGUUGUGAACAAUGACGACCGCCACCCCAGCAUUUCUGUUGGAAACUGCAGAGACUACCCGAUCGAAAAACUUCCAGCCAGGCAUCGUGUCAUGUCGUGCGCAUGUCACGAUGCCUCGCGGGCCUUGAGUGCUGAGCACAUGGCUUGCAGAGUGCUCCUGGUCGGCUUGGCCGAAGUACUGAGCUCCCUCCGAGCACUACCGGAGGUGCUCUCCGGGGAGCCGCUGCCCACGGCUCUUGGGCUGGCCUCGUCCGAGUUCCCGGACGAGGGCUUGAUGGGCAGCUCCAAUGGAGAGCUGGCAGCCUGUGCCAGGCUGCAACAGAGCCGUUGGACAGCCGGCUGGUGCCCUGCCACGUCUUCCAAGGAGGAGUUUUUGGAGGUCGAUGUGCAGCGCGCACCUCACGUGGGCCGAAUCUGUGGCAUCGCUUUGCAGGGACGUCUUCCUGCUAGUGGGCAUUGGCAGCAAACCUUGGGUCUCUUGCAACUGGCCCUGGGCGCAGAUGAAGAGGCCUUGGCCUUCGCGCAGCCGCAGACCUUCCUCCGGCCGCCGGUGCGCUGCGUCCACCAGGUGGCGUGGGCGCUCCACAAGAAGAGAAGUUUUAAGAAGUGGCAGCCAUCAGAGCAAGUGAGAGACUACGAGAACCUGACAAAGGAAGCAAAGCUCGACUUCCUGUCUAGGUUGAUCGAGGAGGCGCAUACGGUCAAAGGCCCAGUGGUGGCUGGCUUGUCGGACAGUGAGGACGAAGAUGUGGAGCCGCUGCGCUUGACAGCCCAAGAUAUCCUUGCGGGAAGGAACUGUGCAGAGACCAAUCGGCUCCUGCAGUUGCUGGCUUCUCGCGCGCUGGGUGGGGGGGCACAGAACAUCCGCGUUUCGAUGUUUGCGGGGCACAGCAAGGUUGCCAGCGGUGAUGGCUCGACAUGGCUAGCUUUGCAUCGGAGCACGGCUCGCAUGCUUGCACCGAAGCUAUGGAGAGGCGCCUUCAUGGACGAGUCGCUGGCGACUCCAGUGCGCAAUCCGAAGUGGAAAGCAGGGGGUUGGGUGUUUUGA